AUGCCAGCGGGAGUCACCUGGGGACAGUAUAUUUCAUUUUCAGUAGCAGCGAUGGUGUCAAUGCUUAUGGGUUCACAAGUUGUACAUUUAUAUUAUAAACCACUACAGGAUUUAAAUAAGUACAUUGACAAGGAACUGAAGAACUUUCCAGAUAAUAUACAGAUAAAAAUUAAGGAGGAAUUGAAGGAGGAAGGUGUUUUAAAAUAGUUCUUUUCAUAUUUAUUUACUGUUGAUCAUAGUAGAAAUCAAGUUUAAUAAAUAUGCAAUUAGCCUAAUUCAUUUGUCUUUAUUUAUUUUAAUUCUCCAGCACAGUAAGAGUCCCGGCAGUGAUGCAACAUGGAACAAAUAAGUUUGUGCAAGUCUGAAAACAUGAAAUCAACAACAAAUAAUUAAAAAUACAAUACAACAUUGUAAUAAAAUUUAUUUCAUAAUUUGGUAGCAUUCUUAAACUUAUUAUUAUUUACAAAUAUAUUUAUCCAAUUACAUUGUACAUUCAGUUUACAAUAAAUUAUCUUAUGUCUAAACUAAUGUGUUGUAAGCUUAUAUUUAGUCUGUGAAAUUUGUGAAAGAUGUUAUUAUUCCAAUGACUGAAUGAUUGAAUAAAUAAAUAAUCAGAACAUUAAUUAACAUUUAUAGAAAAAUAACUAGGCAUAUGACAAGCAUAAAGAAGUAUAUAUUGUACAUAUACUUAAUCAUUCGUGUAUCUGUAUGUUGUAUAUUCAUACUUUUUAAUUUAGGUUUUUUUAGCUAUGUAAAUACAGUAAUAUUGUUUCCCUAACAUUUAACUUGAACACUUAGUAUUUUGUUGACAAGACUAAGCAAUUGUGUGAACUUAAUUUCUGGCUCAUGUUAUAUAAAGUUAGUAGAAAUAGCCAGCA